AUGUUUGGCAAACGGCAUGUUGGACUCAGCAGCAAGCAAUCCGUCCCUCCCCUGCUGAAAAUUAUUCGCCGACCUGUCACCAAAGACAUGAAGGACGUCGACGUCGACGCUCCUCCGUUGAGCAGCUCCGAUCUGAGUGACAAUGAAGGAUUGUCGAACAGGGGAAGCAUCCAGCCAAGUCGUUUUCUGAAGGCCAGCCAGCCAAGCUCGUCGUCCGGUCGGAAGAACAAAGAUGGCGAAGCGAAUGGAAAGGCUACAACAUCAGCGGCACGGUUCAAGCAGACCCGGUCAUCGACAAGGACGGGCACCCGGGGGGAGCCCGGUUCAAGCCCUAGGGACUCAGAUCGGCGGACAGGAGUGACGAAAACCGAUAAAGCAUCGAGCCCUCCUGCGCCAAAGAGGCUUGAGCGGACUUCUCCGGGCCUGGAAGAGCUCGGCGAUCAGUCUAGAGCGGACACGAUCUUUUCUCAACCGAAAAGAAAUGUCCUGAAGCGAUACGGCGCACUGCGGAACUUUGCCAAGAAGAAGCCAAGGCAAGGGGCAUCGCCGAAAGGGACUCUCAAGCAGCCUCUGAAGGAUUUAACACCGGAGGAGGAGAGCCCAAAGAGGAUUAAGAAGCUCCGGAUGCCUUCAUCCCCGUCGAAAGUUGGAGACGAGGCCGUCUCGCCGCCCCGCAAGCUCAAGCCUGUUCCAGAUAGUGACUCUGAUUCAACAAUGGAUGGAUCUCCAGUACGAAAGAAGCGGCUCAGGAUGCCGGACGACGGGAGUUUGGCAUUUUCAGCAGUCUCCGAAACACCAGGAGAAUCACAAAGACCCACGUUCAGGAUCCCAGAUGAGCUUCCGGAUUCGUUUGUUGAGGCUGAAUAUGAGAGGUUGAAUUGUGCCGUUAUCCCAAUAGUGGACACGUCUAAUGCAUCCAAUUUGUUACAACCCUCCUCCUCCCCGUUGACAGAUUUGGACUUGAUAGUCUCCGAUGCAGCUCCCAUCUGUCCACUGUGCCGCAAGGAAGUCGACAAGAGCGACCUCGACGAAUUCAAAGAGCGAUACCCCCGUGUGACAGUUGCAAACAUGCAAAGGUUUUGUCAAGAUCACAACCGGCGGUCAGCAAGGGAGGCAUGGAUCCAAAAGGGGUACCCAGACGUCGACUGGCGGCACCUCGACGAUCGAAUAGCCCGGCACUACCCUUACCUCCGCAAGAUCCUGGAGGACGGCGAGCCAUCACACUACGACAAGCUGUUUCGGGACACCAUCCGCUCCGGCCAGAACAGGACGCUUCUCCGGUCUGAUGCCAACCUCACGCCGGGGUAUUAUGGCAUCCGCGGCCUGAGGGCGAUGUCGGAAAACUUGAUCCGGGAGUUCUCGUCCCUAUUGCGUAAAAGGGCGCUACAGGACAGGCUGGUCGCGGCGAGGGGACACACGGCAUAUUUGCAAUCUGUAUUAGUACCGGAGCUGGCGGUACAACUAAUCAUGGAGGAUAUGAGUGUCGGGGAGGAGGAGGCGAGAAAGAUCCUCACGGACAGCUCUGCUGUUGGUGAGCUCCUGAACGAUGAAAUUGCUGACCGCGUGGUCUUGGAGGAGGAUGACCAUUCUGAAUGA